AACACAAACACCCACAAGCCAUCACAUCGGUAUCCACAAGAUGUCAGAAACCAUGACGGCAUGAGCAGGAAUUUGGCCACUUCCGAGUGGGUUGAAAGGGCCAGUAGAUGAGAAGCGAGGGCCGCUUCGUCACUUCGUGCGGUGCAGCGCGACGUAAACGACCCGGCUGACACUCCCGCAAUUCGCCCCUUUUCUCUCCCUCGUCCUCAUCCAUCCAUCCUUGCAUCCUCACACGCAGCCCCGUGCAAACCCGCCGCAGAUUCACAACCCCAGCCUCAAAUCAUGCCUACCGUGCCAACAGAGGCCGUGGUUGGUACCACCAUUGCCUUUUCCUUCAUCCUGCUCGGCAAUGCCGUCACGCAGUCGUUCAUGGGCGUGCCGGCGCUGCUGGUCGACUUCCCGCGGCCGUCGUCGCCCGAGCACGCGGCGGCGGCGCGUCACCUGGGCCGGCAGUGGCCCGUGUUCUGGAACGUGGGCAACGUGUUCUUCCGGCCCAUCAGCACGCUGGGGAUUUUCGGGUACGCGUACGCGAGCUGGGCGGCGCGGGGGGCCAGUCUCGGGAGCAGCCACGGCACCGGCACCAGCUUCUCGGGCCUGGUGAGCGGCAGCACCGCGCCCCUCGGCCUGGCGGGCGACUGGCGGCUGUACGCGCUGUCGGCGGCGUGCCACCUCGUCACGGUGCUGCACUCGGCGCUCAACAUGCAGCCGCUCAACAACAAGCUCGACGGGCUGCGCUCGCCCAAGACCAGCGGCGUCGACGAGAGCCUCGCCGAGUACUACGCCCGCCGCUGGAUCAAGCUCAACUCGGUGCGCGUCGUCAUGCCGUUCGUCGCCGGCAGCGUGGCGCUGUGGCAGACGCUGCGCUCUCGUACGUCGCUGUAGGCUGAGUGUAGAU